UUAGGUGUCACUGUCAGUCAUAAGUAGAGGAUUUAGCGGCUUCAUGGGGUAUACCAACUUGUCAUAUCUGAACCCAAGGACAGUGAUUCUGAUUGGCAUCCCUGGACUGGAGCAUGUGCAGUUUUGGAUUGGAUUUCCCUUCUUUGUUGUAUGUCUUGUGGCUUUGCUCGGGAACCUCUUGCUGCUAAUCAUUAUUCCUUCAGAACGCAGCCUACACCAACCCAUGUACAUUUUCCUGGCUGUGCUGGCAGCUACUGACCUUGGUCUCUGCUUAGCUAUUGCUCCCAAGAUGCUGGCCAUCUUCUGGUUUGGUUCAUGUUCCAUGGCUUUUGAUGCUUGCCUUGCCCAGCUCUUCUUCAUACAUGCCUUGCAAGGAAUGGAAUCUGGCAUCUUGCUCGCCAUGGCCUUUGACAGGUACGUCGCUAUCUGUGACCCUCUGAGGCACACGUCCAUCCUUACACCUUUAUUUCUACUUCGAGCGGUCCUGGUGGUGGCAGUUCGGGCCACUGUGCUCGUUGGGAUUUUACCUGUUCUCCUCAAGAGACUACAGUGGUUCCACUCUGUUGUGGUUGUUCAUUCGUACUGUGAGCACAUGGCUGUGGUCAAGCUGGCAGCAGAAGAUGUCCAUAUUAACAAAUCGUAUGGCCUCUUUGUGGCUUUUGCAAUUUUAGGUUUUGACAUGAUCUUUGUUUUCAUCUCCUACAUUUUGAUUUUCCGGGCUGUUUUUCGUCUUUCUCAGAAGGAGGCACGAAGCAAAGCAUUCAACACGUGUACAGCUCAUAUUGUCGUCUUCUUGGAAUUUUAUAUCCUUGCCUUUUUUUCCUUUUUCAGCCAUCGUUUUGGUCGUGUAUCACCAUAUGUCCACAUCUUAUUGUCUACCAUCUAUCUGCUUCUGCCCCCUGCCCUUAACCCCAUUGUCUAUGGUGUGAAGACCAAGGAGAUCCGCCGAUGGGUUGUACAAACAUUUUUUGUCAAGACCAAUACUCAAUAAAGACCCUUAAUGUAUUGUGUCAGAGGAAAAUUAUAGAGUUGCCUGUUAAAGCUACUU